CGGGAGCGUCUGCAGUGGGGGGCUUUCGCAUAAUCAGCCUCUUCGAGGGAGAUCGACGCCAGGCUUUGGGGACGUGUCCAUCGACAGAAUCGAUUCUUGGAUGAUGGAACGUCGCGCCUCGUGUGGACUCCAAUCAGUUAGCGGCCGCAGUUAAUGCUCCGAUCGUGCCUCCUGGGAUCAUCCCUCGCGAAGGGCGGUCGCCGAGGUCCGGGGAUGAUGGGUUAAGGAAGCCGUCCGAGAAGCCUCGAGACAAAUUCGAAACCACUCGCUCGACUCCAGAAGAAGAUUUCUUGAAGGAAUGCCUGCAAAGACAGGAUUCUCAAACCAGAACACACGCUUUGGAUCUCUACGAGCUAAUUAAAGGGAGAUACUUCUCUCGAAUGUGUUUAUCCUCGUCACGAAACGAACGACGAUCCCGAGAGGACCUAACGGUACGUAAAUACUCGAAUGGAAUACAGAUCGCUGGAUUAGCAACGAGAGAAAGCCGAUAUCCACGUCGAUUCUACCCAGAGAACGUUCCGGAAGAGGUUUCCAAGAGACUUCUUAUCGCCGUGAAAUAAGCGGCGUGUUCUCCACGGGCACGACAGCUAGGAACAAAGGUAGAUAAUAAGGAGAAAAGUUGAGAAGGAUGCCGCGGGCUUCAAGGACGUCAUCCAGCAUCACGCCGUGCGUAUCCUCAGCAGUGCGUCUAGCCGAAUGCGUCCCAUGCGUGUCGUAACGCGGACGCGUUACCACGCGCUGCACACUUUCUCCCGUUGAAGGCUGGAAAUUACGAUCCCCGCGACCUCGGAAGAAUAAUUCGCCGUGACAGAGAGGGAGAGGAGUCCGUGUCCCGCGCAAGGACACGUUGCUCGCCUCUGGGAAUAUAACCUCGCGCUGUACUCCGCUACGAAGAAGAUACGAGCGAGUCCGAUAGGUGAUAUCCGAGGACCGGGACACUUCAUAUCGAGAAGCUGCAAUUGCCUCAGGGAGACCUCGAUUCAUCUGCCAGCAAUCAAAUGGAAGAAUAACCCCGUGGAGUUCCAUUUGUCCUAGGGGAAUAACGAGAUCUCGCAUCCAGGGAAAUUUUGCGGCGCAACGGGUUCCAGCUGGUGCACGCCAGACGUUUAAAUAUUAAUAAAAAAAGGGUUGCUGAGAGAGGUUCGAUCUUUGGGAAGGUGGAUGAUCGUGAAGCCGUGGAGUUUGGAGAUAAUAUUGGAGCCCAUGCGCGAUCAUCUCGACAAUAUUACCAUCACCCAUUCCACGGCAGCGAUGGAGAGAAUAGUCUAGGGACGAAGAUUGGUCCCACGAGGGUGAAGAUACCUUCUUGUCUUCUACUUAGUCUUCUGCACUCAGGGAAAUCUUGCGGCGUAACGGGUUCCAGCUGGUGCACGCCAGACGUUUAAAUAUUAAUAAAAAGGGGUUGCUGAGAGAGGUUCGAUCUUUAGGAAGGUGGAGGAUCGUGGAGUCGUGGAGUUUGGAAAUAAUAUUGGAGCCUAUGCGCGAUCAUCUCGACAGUAUUACCAUCACCCAUUCCACGGCGUCGAUGGAGAGAAUAGUCUAGGGACGAAGAUUUGUCCCACGAGGGUGAAGAUACCUUCUUGUCUUCUAUCUUAGUCUUCUGCACUCAGGAAAAUCUUGAGGAUGCGAUGCUCCGUUACGUACACGACGAGGACGCCUUGCGUCGCAUUCACUUAAACGCCACUCUGGUCCACUUGCGAUCCCUGAUCCAUCGCGUGACAGCCAUGCAUCGCCUCGACAAUAUCACCGGCUUCUUCAGCGACAUGAACAUCACCGACGAGGACCUCGAUUACGUGAACAACUUCGGCGCCACUACCCUCCUGAAGACCGCCAAUCUUCAAUCCUCCUGCUACUGUAACGGGACAGUCAGAGACCUGGCUCUCAGGUACAAGAAGUACCACGGUUACGUGGCGCUAGUGGUUUGCCUCUUUGGAACCCUGGCGAACAUGCUGAACAUCGUCGUUCUCACGCGAAAGGACAUGGUCGCCACCCCCAUAAACCAAAUCCUCACUGGCCUAGCUACUACCGACAUGCUGGUUAUGCUCGAGUACAUUCCGUUCGCUAUUUACAUGUACAUCGUGCUUCCGAAGAGGCCAACGUUUCCUUACGGUUGGGCGGUGUUCGUCCUGUUUCACAUGCACUUCGCCCAGCUGCUGCACACCAUCAGCAUCGCCAUCACCCUCACGUUGGCUGUUUGGAGGUACAUCGCUAUCAGGUUUCCACAGUACAAUCACGCAUGGUGCACGACGUCUCGUUGCAGGGUGGCUUUAAUAAGCAGCUUCUUGACACCCUUCAUCGCGUGCACUCCCAGCUACUUGGUAUUUGGAAUAAGUAAGAAGAUGCUGAACGAGAAUGGCACCAUGGAAGUCGCUUACAUCGUGGACGCCGAUUACUCCCAGCACAAGGAUUUCGUUUACCAGCUGAAUUUCUGGGUACUGGGGGUGGUCAUGAAGCUAUUACCCUGCCUCAUUCUCACUGUCAUUAGCUGUUGGCUGAUAAAAGCUCUUUACAGAGCAAAGGGGAGAAAACAGGCGUUGAAGAGUUACAACCAGUGCAAGACCACUACGUUGGGGAACGGAGUGGCCCAGCCAAAGCCCAGCAAGUCUCUGAAAAGAGCAGACAGGACGACGAAGAUGCUGGUGGCUGUGUUGCUCCUGUUUCUGGUCACAGAGAUUCCCCAGGGCGUCCUGGGACUCUUGUCGGGCGUCCUGGGGGAUUGCUUCUUCCGCAACUGCUACCACAACUUCGGGGAGGUGAUGGACAUCCUGGCGUUGCUGAACGGCGCCAUCAACUUCAUCCUCUACUGCUCGAUGUCCAGACAGUUCCGUACCACUUUCGGCCAGUUGUUCAAACCUAGAAUCAUGAAGAAGUGGCAGCCUGCCACGCAGCAGACCGACGUUCAGAGCACUUAUGUAUGAUGCAGGCUGAAGGGUCAGGAGACCACGCGUCUCUAGAGGCUGGAUAUUCUUAACGAGCAUCCUCGAGUGUCUAAAGAAAACAUCAGCUUACAGGGAACGAUAAGACGGUACUUUUUUUAUGUUUACAGUUUAUUCGUACGACGUUUAGUUUCGGAGAUAAAAAUUGAAAACUUAG